CCGUUUGUCCAUUUUCCAUUUCAUCAUUCGCAAUAUGCAAAAUCCCAAUAUUUUCCUAAAAUGGCAAACAUUUUAGAAGAAAAACUACGCGAAGCGUCAUGCUUAGGUGACCUAGAAGGCGUAGAAACCUUGCUAGCACGCAACACCGACGUUAAUUCCCAAAAUCCAGUUAACGGAUGGACUGCUUUGCAUUGGGCUUGCAAACGAGGCAACGAAAGAGUCGCGAGGCUUUUGCUGAGCCACGGGGCUGACAAAAAUGUGAGAAAUUUCAAACAGGAAACACCCAGCGAUAUUUGUACUUAUUCGAACAUUAGAGAUCUAUUGGGGGCUGCUGGUAGGCUUCCGAAACAAGGAGAUUGUCAAACAUUCGUCCCGAAUUAUAUUAGAAACGCCCCACUGAAUGGACAAGUGGAAUUGGGCAUCAAACAACCAGAUUUUCUUAGUAGUAUGCAAAAAACUGCCUUGCCAACAACACAAAAUGAUGAUCUAGUGCUAAAAGUCCGCCUCAGCCAUUCCCCAGACCCGGACUUCAUCGAAAUCGAAAUUCCUAAGUGGAAACUGACCUACAACGCCCUCCUGAAAAUUUGCUGCGAAGAAUUGCAAAUAGCUGAGUCGCAAGUGGAAAGAAUCCGAAAAUUGCCGAACACUAGAUUGCGAAACGACAACGACGUUAAACGAUUAACCGAUUUUCAAGCUUUGGAAAUUGUUUCAAUUACUACUGAUAAAAGUGGCAAUUGCUAUCAGAGCAUUGAUUGCAAAGAUCAAACUAUAUUAUAUUAG